AUGAUAACCGACUUCAAGAUCUACGUCUUGGACGCACUUAUCACUCAAAAAACGGACCGACAGCUUCAUGACACCAAAACCUGGCAUCAAUUUCAAGGAAAAGAACAUGUGUUUAUGGUGUGCUCCGGGAUACCGCAUACUUCACCUAAAGUAUUCCUAGUGGAUGAUUUAUUUAUCCGCAAUAACAAAGAUGCGUUUAUCGAGGCCGCUAUUGAUGCGAGCACCUGCAUUAUAUUAGGAGUUUAUGGAGAGUAUAAACGGCUUGUAGCACGGAACGGCUUAAAUGGAGUUCUUGAGAAACACGAUCACUCGUGCAAUAAAGUUAGAAAGAUAUUUCCUCAGUCCUUAUAUGAUGAAUUUGCCGAUAUUCAGCAGAAGGUUGACGAGCUAUAUUAUCACCAAGAGCCAAAGAGGAUGCGAUCAGGUCUUUCUAGUCUGAGUGAUGACCUUUGCGAUACAUUGAAACGUAGCGAAUACCAAAGAGACCAGAAUCCGAAAAUAUUACGGUCAUUGAUAUCCCAUCAUACAAUCAUCAACUUUUUAAAAGGCAUGUUAGACGGGAUUAUCCAGUUAUUUCAGAAAGCCGCAUCUACUCGGAAGAUUGAUCAUGUUCAUGCCAUGUAUGAUUCACUAGAUUGUCUACAGAAGAUGAUACAAGCCCAUAUAAGGUUAUUGGUUAGAGGUCUUCAGUAUAUCAACCAGAAGGAAACUUCUACCUUGGCAACUAGUGAAUAUACUCCACCGUUUGACGACCGGGUCUCUGAUAGAGCGAACGAUGUUUUUAACGCAAGUCCUCUGGAUAUCGAUUCAGUCAAACCAUACAGAAGCCCGGAAGAGAGAGUGGCCGACAUAUCCCUUAGUUCGUGGAAUUGA